AUGAUUGAAAUAUAUCCAUCAGUUAUUGAUCUUUUUCUAAGAAAUAUUCCAUCGAAUCUAUCUUCUUCUUCUUCAUCUUCUUCUGCAAAUGGAAUAUAUUCCAUAAUACUUUCAUGUCUUCUUAAUCAUGGAGCUAAUAUUCAUAAUAUAAAUCAUUUUUAUCAAUAUACCUAUAAUGGUGGUAUUCAGUUAAAUACUUUAUCUUAUAUAUUUGAACAAAUUGCAAUACAAUUAAAUCAUAGUUUACAAAUAAUAAAUAUUAUAAAUAAUUAUCAAUUUAUUGAUAAUGCUGGUCUUUUAAGACAAUUAUUAAAUUCUGGUAUGAUUCCUACCAAAUUAUUUUUUCUUAUUUAUACUAAUAAAUUAUUCAUUUUUAAUAUAAAGGAAUCAAUCAUUCUUAAUCAUAAUAGUAAUAAUAAUACAAAUCAAAUAUAUAAAAAUCAUUUUUAUCCACUACUUAUAUAUGAAUUAGUAAAAUGGAAUAUUUCUAAUCAAAAUACAACAAAAUAUCUUCCAAUUAUAUUACAAUCAUUUAUUGUAUUAUUUUUUAAUUUUAUAUAUUCUGGAUUAUGUAAAUUACCUGAAAAUCUAUAUGAUAUAAUCGAUAAUAAUUUAAUAAAUCAAUAUAAUGAUCAUGCUAAUAAUAAACAUAAUAAUCAAUAUAAUGAUAAAGAUUACAUUAUUAAUAAUCAAUAUUAUUUAUCAUAUUUUAAUUAUUAUCAUAAUAAAUUUUUACAACUUAUUAAUAAACAACCAUUUAGUUUAUUUAUACAAUGUAGAUAUAAAAUAAGAAAUCAAAUAGAUAUAAAAUAUUUUAAUAAACUAUGUAUGAAUUCAAAUAUAUUUAAUAAUAAUGAUAAUACUAAUCAUUUUAUAAUGAAUAAUGAAUUUUAUAAAAAAUUAAUUCAAUUACCUGAUCCAUUAAAACAUGCUAUUGGUUAUAUGGAAGGGAUACAUUUAAAAAAUGAAUUAUAUACUUUAACACAACCAAUGUAGUAUCAUUUUAUGUAUAUAUGGAUAUAUAUGGAUAUGAAUGGAUGAUGAAAUAGAAAAAAUACUUCUAUGGAUAUUUUGGAGAAGAACUUGACGAUUUAAUCACAAUAAUAAUCACUUUAUUGUGAAAACCAAAGUGGAUUAGGUAAGUUAUCUUGAUAUAUUGUACUUCUUGUUCACAAGAAAUUAGAAUCUUAUGAAAUCUACCAAUGAUUAUGUUAAUGUUCAAGUACUCCAUUAUUAUUCGAACUUUGUGAAAAGAAAUUCCCUGUCUGUCAUAAAUACAACCAAUUGGAGUUAUCCUUUGUUGUUUUAUGCUAUUUAGUCGAGAGCUUUUUUGUGUAUUUAGCAUCCCAAUGUUUGUGGUUG